AUGGCCAGAAAACUAAGCAUCGUUUUUCUCUGCCUUGUUUCAAUGCUGCUGCUUCUUGUGGAGAGCCAUGCUGAGAUUGUUGUCACUGCCGUUGAGGCUCCAGCUCCGCAGCCUAGCAACAACACUGCCAAGUUUCCCAUGCAUGGCAUCACUGAAGGAAGUCUUCAACCACAAGAAUGCAAUCCUCGUUGUGUAGACAGAUGCUCUAACACACAAUACAAGAAACCGUGCUUGUUCUUCUGCCAAAAGUGUUGUGCAAAAUGCUUGUGUGUGCCUCCUGGAACUUAUGGCAACAAGGAGGUUUGCCCAUGCUAUAACAACUGGAAGACCAAAAGGGGUGGGCCCAAAUGCCCCUGA